AUGAUUGAUAAAAUAUGCAGGAAUAUAAGAAAUAAAUAUCUUUCUGUAAUCAAUUUUACUAAUGUUCACCUCUUAUUUUCAGAGCUGCAAGUAAAAAAAGAAGAGAAGCCAAGCAAAGAAGUCAAGCCUAAAUCUCCACAGCCACAAAUUAAAAAGGAAGCAAAACCAGAACAAGGCAUAGUGAAACCAGAAAAGACUGUUUCUCAUGGUAAACCAGAAGAAAAAGUUCUCAAGCAGGUAAAAGCUGUCACAACGGAAAAAAUGGUCAAGCCCAAACCAGCAAAAAAAGCAGAACAUCAAGAAAAAGAAGCUCCAUCUCUAAAAAUAGAUAAACCAAAACCAACUUCAAAGGUAACAUCAGAAGUCACAGACUCAGGGAAAAAGAAAACUGAAAAACCUGAAAUGGAAAGUAAAGUCUCGACAAGAAAAGAAAGUCCUCAAUUACACAAUGUGACAAAAGCUGAAAAACCUGCAAGAGUAUCAAAAGAAGAUUUUGAAGAUGUACCAGCUCCAAAGAAAGCAAAAGAAGAAACUGAAGAUGUAUCUUCCACAAAGAAGCAAAAAAGUCCCAUCAGUUUCUUCCAAUGCGUCUACUUGGAUGGGUAUAAUGGCUAUGGAUUUCAGUUUCCUGUCACUCCCGCACGCCACCCUGGAGAGAGCUCUGGCCAUGGAAAUUCUCCAGGACAGAAACAAGGACAAUAGACACAUGUGCAUGAUCCUUACAAGUGCUUUAAGAUUUUGAAAGUGGGAUGUUUUGUUUUGUUCACAGUGGCAUAGGCAAUUGAAAUCCUGCAAUUCAGAGAAUUUCUAUGAAAAUGUUUUACACUUCAGCUUGGUAUGGAGAAAAAGCAUAGACAAAAGGACUGAAUGCUUAGCUGACAUGUUGAAGUGUCUGAUGCUCAAGAAUCUGUUAUGUGUGUUUGUUGCUAUGUGGGGGUGCUUGUGUACCUAAAUUAAUUUAAAGUUUACUUAUAAUGCUCCUUUAAAUGUAUAAUUGACAGAAUUACAAAGUAAAAUUCCUGGAUUCAGCUAGAUAUUUAUAUUUUUAAUGAUAACAUAGAUUACACUCUAAGAUAAAGGGUAUAGGAACUUAUCUGAAAGGGUCUCUUUUGCAUCUUCUGGGUAUCUGGACUCAAUUUACUCAAUAAGUUGAUGCUUAAUAGUUUCAUUUUACUUAUGGAUGUUUCUAUUUUAGUUGUUGCUAUGCUCUAAGAAUGGGUAACAAUUGCAUCAAAGAGUGCUAUAGUUUCUUGUGAUACUCUUUUAAAGCUCAAAUUAUCUCUGAACUUCAAAUAUGAUACUACAGAGAAUAAAUGUUACGGGAAUCUUAUCUCCAAGAUUUGUCUUGAAUUACAAUCAGGACAUUUACUCCAGUGGAAAUACACCACCCAAUUAGACAGCUCUGGUGAAUCAUUUGUUUAAAAUAUAGGCAAAUGAUAUGUAGAAUUUUCAGACUUCUCCAGACUGUGUCCUAAUGAAAAUGUCACUUGGGUGAACUUUUAUAUCAAUCACUAAAUUUGGGUGACAGAUGCUAAAAUAUUUUCAUUUUACUUUAAUACAUUCUUUCUCAAAAUGGCAAAAUAUGAAUGCCAUCAAAGUCUAAGGAGGACAUUUUAACCAUAAAUGCCUUCAUAAGAUGUUUUACUUGUAUUUUAGGUCAUUGGUCCUCAGUGCCAAUGAAAUGGAUGACAAUUUUUAACCUACUUGAUGAUGUGUCCCUGGGAAUGAACAUAUGGUUUUGUCACUUUCCUAGUGAUAUAAAUGUUCAUGUUCUUUACCACAUUUUUAUCAACUCUAGAAGUCACACCUCUGUGACUUUUAUCAUGUUUACAGUUGCAACUGAACUUAUGACAAUUAACUCAGGAAAUAAAUUGAGUUAUCCUUGCUGGCAUCAUAAUUAUCUUCAGCAAUAUCUGAGAUAACCAGAACCAAUACUAGUCGAGUGAUUUAUUUUCAAAGACUGCAACUAACUAUGGUUCUUUAGGACCAAGAUAUAAAACAGUUUCAGUAAAAAUCAUUAGGCUAGAGCAUCAAUGAUACAUUCUUUAUUAGUAGUGGAUUUCCAGUGACUUUUGUGAAUCAAGUUGAUCAUCAGCCAGAUGCUGGUGGACCUAAUUCAUACCAUGAAAGUCAAUGUUACAAUGAACCAGAUUAAUGAACUCUUUAUGGGGGAGGAGGGACAACAUGGAAGUCUGUAAUUUCAAGAUUGGUCAGAUGGCACCAUCUUGCAAAGUCCCUUCAUGUAGCAAUGUGAACUUUUGGAAAGA